CAGAGGCGAGAGCCAUCCUUUCUUGGUCCGGCCGCUAGCCUUCCUCGGUCGGAGGGCGGGGCUCGAGGAACCGGAAGUGCCGAGGCCUCCGGUGCUGUCUUCGCCACCGCCGCCGCUUUUAAGUCCCUUCGUCCGCUGUCUGGGGGCCGCGGGGGCCGCCGCCGAGGAAGCUGCUGUGGCCCCGACGGGAGCGGAGGCGGCGCGGCAUGAAGCGGCGUAGGCCCGCUCCAUAGCGCAUCGGGACCGUCCGGGCGGGCCCGGGGGAAGGAUUGGAUGGUGAGAAAAGGAAAGACCCCUGUGAGAAGAGAUCAGGAUGAACGGAGGGAUCUGUGCUUAAAGCUGGGCCAGGUGAAAAUGAUCUCUCUGAAAGUUGAAGAGAUCUGAGCAGAUGAAAGUUCCAUCAGGAAGAUGCAACAUGGCAGCAGCAAUGGAAACAGAGCAGCUGGGUGUCGAGAUCUUUGAAACUGCAGAGUGUGAGGAGGGAAAUGGCGAAUCACAGGAUGGACCCAAACUGGAGCCGUUUUAUGUCGAACGGUAUUCUUGGAGUCAGCUGAAAAAGCUGCUUGCUGACACCAGGAAAUAUCAUGGCUACAUGAUGGCUAAGGCGCCUCAUGACUUUAUGUUUGUGAAGAGGACGGAUCCGGAUGGACCUCACUCAGACAGGGUCUAUUAUCUUGCCAUGUCUGGUGAGAACAGAGAAAAUACACUAUUUUAUUCUGAAAUCCCCAAAACCAUCAACAAAGCAGCAGUCUUAAUGCUUUCUUGGAAACCUCUUUUGGAUCUUUUUCAGGCGACUCUAGACUAUGGGAUGUAUUCUCGAGAGGAAGAGCUGCUCAGAGAAAGGAAGCGCAUCGGAACUGUGGGAAUCGCAGCCUAUGAUUACCACCCAGGCAGCGGGACGUUCCUGUUUCAAGCUGGCAGUGGUAUUUACCAUGUCAAAGAUGGAGGACCACAUGGAUUUACACAACAGCCUUUAAGGCCCAAUUUAGUGGAAACUAGUUGUCCCAACAUACGAAUGGAUCCAAAAUUAUGUCCCGCUGAUCCAGACUGGAUAGCUUUCAUUCACAGCAGUGAUAUUUGGAUAUCGAACCUCGUCACCAGGGAGGAGCGGAGGGUCACCUAUGUGCACAACGAGCUAGCCAACAUGGAAGAGGAUCCCAGAUCAGCUGGUGUGGCCACCUUUGUUCUUCAAGAAGAAUUUGACAGAUACUCUGGCUACUGGUGGUGUCCCCAAGCUGAAAGAACUCCUAGUGGUGGUAAAAUUCUUAGAAUUCUCUAUGAAGAAAAUGAUGAAUCUGAGGUGGAGAUUAUUCAUGUCACGUCCCCCAUGUUGGAAACAAGGAGGGCAGAUUCCUUCCGUUAUCCUAAAACAGGCACAGCAAACCCAAAGGUCACUUUCAAGAUGUCUGAGAUAGUUGUUGAUGCUGAAGGAGGGAUUAUAGAUGUCAUAGAUAAAGAACUGGUUCAACCUUUCGAGAUUCUGUUUGAAGGAGUUGAAUAUAUUGCCAGAGCCGGAUGGACUCCAGAGGGAAAAUAUGCCUGGUCCAUCCUACUGGACCGUUCCCAGACUCACCUGCAGAUAGUUCUGCUCUCCCCUGAGUUAUUCAUCCCAGUAGAAGACGAUGCCAUGGACAGACAGAGACUCAUAGAGUCCGUUCCUGACUCUGUGACACCACUGACCAUCUAUGAAGAAACAACAGACAUCUGGAUAAAUAUCCACGAUAUUUUUCAUGUUUUUCCUCAAACUCAUGAAGAUGAAAUUGAGUUUAUUUUUGCCUCUGAAUGCAAAACAGGUUUUCGUCAUCUGUAUAAAAUCACAUCCAUUUUAAAGGAGAGCAAAUAUAAACGGUCCAGUGGUGGACUGCCUGCCCCAAGUGAUUUCAAGUGUCCUAUCAAAGAGGAGAUCGCAAUUACCAGUGGUGAAUGGGAAGUACUCGGCCGGCACGGGUCUAAUAUCUGGGUUGACGAAGCCAGAAAGCUGGUGUAUUUUGAAGGCACCAAAGACUCUCCUUUGGAGCAUCAUCUGUACGUGACCAGUUACGCAAACCCUGGUGACGUGGUGAGGCUGACUGACCGCGGCUACUCACAUUCCUGCUGCCUCAGCCGGCAUUGCGACUUCUUCAUAAGUAAGUACAGCAACCAGAAGAAUCCACACUGCGUGUCCCUCUACAAACUCUCAAGUCCUGAAGAUGACCCAGUCCAUAAAACAAAAGAAUUUUGGGCCACCAUUUUGGAUUCAGCAGGCCCUCUUCCCGACUACACCCCUCCAGAAAUCUUUUCUUUCGAAAGUACUACUGGAUUUACACUGUAUGGAAUGUUGUAUAAGCCUCAUGACCUACAACCUGGAAAGAAAUACCCCACUGUGCUCUUCAUAUAUGGUGGUCCCCAGGUGCAGCUGGUGAACAACCGGUUUAAAGGAGUCAAGUACUUCCGCCUGAACACCCUGGCCUCCCUGGGCUAUGUGGUUGUGGUGAUAGACAACAGGGGAUCCUGUCACCGAGGGCUUAAAUUUGAAGGCGCCUUUAAAUAUAAAAUGGGUCAGAUAGAAAUCGAUGAUCAAGUGGAAGGACUCCAGUACCUGGCGUCUCAGUACGACUUCAUUGACUUGGACCGCGUGGGCAUCCACGGCUGGUCCUACGGCGGCUACCUCUCCCUGAUGGCGCUAAUGCAGAGGUCUGAUAUCUUCCGGGUUGCAAUUGCUGGGGCCCCAGUCACUCUGUGGAUCUUCUAUGAUACAGGAUACACGGAGCGCUAUAUGGGUCACCCUGACCAGAAUGAACAGGGCUAUUACUUAGGAUCUGUGGCCAUGCAAGCGGAGAAGUUCCCUUCAGAACCAAACCGUUUACUCCUCUUACACGGGUUCCUGGAUGAGAAUGUCCACUUUGCACACACCAGUAUAUUGCUGAGUUUUUUAGUGAGGGCUGGAAAGCCAUAUGACUUACAGAUCUACCCUCAGGAAAGGCACAGCAUCAGAGUCCCUGAGUCUGGAGAACACUAUGAACUGCACCUGCUCCACUACCUUCAGGAGAACCUUGGAUCACGUAUUGCUGCUCUGAAAGUGAUGUAACUCUGACUCAUGUAGAACUCAGUGUACACUGUCUAACCAAACAAGGAGGGUUAGCCAAUAGAGAAGCCAGAGGUGAUGAGUCUACUUUUAUACCCGCCACGUAAGAUCUACUUCUGAACGUAAAUUUGGUGCCAUGCAGAAAUCUGCAGUUCAUGGAUAGUAAUCUAAUACCUUAACCAUGCACAUAGAACUGAGUGACGUGUUCCCGAGAGAUUGAGCGGUGCCUGAGGAUACCGAAGGAAUCGAGCAGCAGCGCCACACGCUCAGACUAGCCUGCUCUCACUUUACUAGCAGUAUAAGCUUCUUGGACUUACUGAGUGGGUUUCACAGUAUACUCUUGAGUUUGUUAAAAUAUGAUGAUAGUAGUGACUGGUUUGGUUCAAUUCCAGGAUCUCUGACUAGUUAUGGAUUUGAUAGCAUUUACGUCUAAUUGAAUAGCUUAUGCUUUGUCACUUGGGGUGUAUCCAGCAUGUCAUGAACUAAAUACUAUUAAGCUUAUGAAUUUCCCAGUCAUUAAUAAUUUUUUAAGGAUAACUUAGAGGCCUCCUGAAGAUACUUACCUGGGCUCUGACCAGUUUUUUAAUCAAUUUAAACAGCAUCUAAUAUAAGUAAUUCUCCUUUUUCUUUGAUGAUAUGAUGGAGUGGGGUUUUCUUUCACUUAAAGGCAAGUAACUAAGUAGCAUGAGUUUAAUCACAAGUCUUAAGAUGUUGACAAUUAUAGACAAAAAAAUUUUUAAUCAAAUUAUUUGAGAGCUUGAGAAUUAGCAGGCAAAUUUUUUUCUCCUUUUAGGAACAGAACAUGUACACAUUCACUUGUAUCUAGAGAUACAAUGGUGCCGUCUCCCUUUGGGCCUUUCCUUAAUUAAAGUGUUCCUGAGUUCCCAGGAGGGAGACCCUGGUGCAGGGAGUGACCAGGAACGAACAGGUAGUAAGGCUCUGCUUAAGAACUGAGCAAAAAUAGUUCACCAGGAAUACUCGUGCAAAAAACCAGGGUAAAUGUAAAGCCCCAGGUGGCUGGGAACCAGAGCCAGGAUGUCGGGCUGGCCAGCACAGCUACAGGGUCAACAAUCGGAGCGGUUACUUUUAUAAUUCCAGCUUUUUGUUAUUUUUCCUUUUAACUUUAAAAACCUUACAAAUCUAAACUUUAACUUUUUUAUUUGAAUGUAAUUUAGAUAUCACUAGCUUAAAAUAAAAAGGUUUCCAGACCACUUCUUUGCCGUAAGCUAAUCCCUGACAAACCAUGGCACUCUGUGUUGGAAGCCUAUCAACGGUUGUGUUUACUCGGCCAUAGCAGUCCCCUGCCUCAGCCUUCCUGCUUGACUCUGAAGGGAUGCAUGAGCUUUCAAGUGUUGGCUGGCAUCUGCCCUUAGGGCCUUCCAGUAUUAGCUGGGUCCCACUGCAGCCAGACACCUGUGGGUUUGACCCUCAUUAAUCACAAACCCCAGUGUUUAGACAGUUACCGUAACUUAAAAACCACUCCAAGAAAAGCCGCUGUGUUUCUUUCUCACUGCCACAUCAGGUCCCUUUCCAAGAGAACACAGUGAAGACAGGGGCGGCCAGAGUAGAGCUGAGUGCUUUGGGAAGCCUGGAGAAAAAUGGCAGGUGACCAUGGCUUGUGUCCUGGGCAGGGAGGGCUGGGUUUGCUGGCGUGUGUUUAUGCUGUAUGACAGGCCCCUCACUUUCCUCAUUGUCUUGCUGGCUGUGUUUAUGCUGUAUGAUAGGCCCCUCACGUUACUCACUGUCUAGUUUGAUUUUCAUGCUUAUGACAUUUUCUAGUGCCAAAAUUUGUUUAUAUUUUUCAAGUUAAAUUAAACUGAUUUGGGUAACUUCUCUUCCCCUACAAAGUAUUUCCCCCAUGCCUUAUGUCUCCUUGACUGUUGAGGGGGUAUUUGCUGGAUCAACUAUAGCCUCCAAGGGCUGCUGCUUACCUUAGGCAGGCAUGACAUGGAAUAGCUCCCAGCCACUCGUUUGCUUUGUACUGAGACAUCUCCUAUUUUAUGCAGACAAACCUUAGAAAACCUCGGCUUUCCUAGAUUCUUUCCACCUUCUCUCCAGCUGUCACAGGAGCGGGUCUACAACUGUCCUUUAAAUGCCCCCUACUCUCUGAGAGGGAAAGUGUCUGACUCACUCACAGAAAGGCAGCUUGACCAGGCUUGCUUGUCAACACUAGUGAGAAAGACAUCAGUCGUUUGGAGCAACCAGUGUCCUGACUGGAUGUCAGUGAAAGAGGCACGAGUCUCUGAAAGUACAAGUUUAAUGGGAGCCAGAAAGCACUCGGUAAGGACCAAAGUGUGGGGUUUUCACAAGCUCGGUAGCGAGAGCUGCGGCGUUCAGAGCAGCAGGUUCAUCCAGGACCCUGAGCACAAGAAAAAGGAGUCUUGAACCUGCUCUCAGAGGCGUGAGCUCAUCGGCUUGGGUGGAGACCAGAGCGCACGUUUCUAGCACGAAGAGCUUCCUGGGCAUUUCUCGUCGGGUCUGCAGGUUGUUUUUGUAAACUUUCUGUAAAGAACGCAGCUGCAGUCAGAGGACAGGUAACUUAUACAGUGGCUGGACCCGAACAGUAGUCAAGUCUGAAAAUGUAUUUGGGCGUGAUGACUUCUCCCAUUCCUGGCCCCUCCAAAGCCUUACACAGAAAGACAGACACAAUGCACACUUGUUCCUUUACAAGGGUGAGCCACACAUACGCGUGCGUUCAGGUGCUUCCUGCCUUUACCACACAGUUCUCUCUGCUGGCUGGAGGAUUCCAGUCAAAGCUUGCAUUGCUACAGAAUCACAGAUUUUACAGCUGGAGCAAACAAAUCUUUAACAUAAUCCAGUGCCCUCAUCUGCUGGGGGGAAAAAUAGCCCAUGUUCUAGAGAGAAAGAAACACACCCAGGACACCACGGUUAGUGCUCAGAACCAGGGCCAUCCAUAGCCUGCCUCAUGGUAGCUAUGUGAUAUUUAAGGAAGGUAGGAUUUUUAAAGAAGUAUUUAUUAAUAUAUUCCUAUAAAACAUUUUAAAGGACACCACAUAAAAAUGGUUAACUUUUCCUGUCUAAGUAAAUGCCAAGCAUUGCUUAAUUAGCGAAGCAGUGCCGACAAGUGUGUGGCAUUCGGAAGCUAAUGAAAUCAUUCUAUUAAAUGUCUUCCUUGGUGUCACGGGAGGUAGGGACACAGAACGUUUGCAUAAGCCCGGGAACCCGUCUUUCAUGAUGUGAGACAAGAGCCUCAGCCAGGUCUGUACUAUGUUUGUGAGAGCAUCCUCUCCCAGCAGAUGGAAGGAACUGGAGACAUCCUGGCUGUGGCCUUCCCCACCCCACGCCUCCUCUCCUAUCUGCCCUCCCCACUGUUCCAGAAGUCCCUUGCAGACACAGAAGCUGUGUUUGUGUGUUUGGCUUUAAGUAACCCUAAUACAAAUUUAUGUUGUUUUUGGCAAAAUUGAGAUUUGGGGUGGGUGGAGGUCUUAAGUCUAGCACAUAAAGUGCCUGCCGUUUCAGCACCAGCCUGUACUGACCUGCAUGUCUCUCUCCAGUAAGCGUCUGGGUCUCCUCCUUUCCAGGCUUUUAAUCGUGUGAUGUGAAGCAUUAGUUUGGCUGCAUUUUAUUACAGGUUCUUGGUUGCAAUAAAGAUGCUGCUGAAAUCA